GUAAACCGGAUUUUGAUCGGUUUGAGGCCAGUAACCCCCCAGUUUUACGCUACCAUUCAUUACAAGUUCAAGGUGUGAAACGGAUCGAUGAGAUCAUUCCUCUCAUUCAUGAUUUUCUAGUACAACACGCACAGCCAUGAAUGGAGUCAUACGCAAGGCAGCUGAACAACUUUUCAAAUUGUUUGCUUCCUUGCAAAAAUAUUUUCCUAUCGAUUUUACCAACGGCUCUAUAAACUCACUGUUUCAAAUUGUAUUAACUUUGCAGUAAAGUAAUUAACUGGUUUUUAAAAACACAAGUCGUCAAGCUCGAAGAUUUGACUUGACUUCCUUAGUCAGGAGUACUUCGUCUUUUUUCAUUCAACUGUUCUUCUUUUGUCACAAAUGGAGUAAGCAUCAUGGCGGACGUGAAGGGGAAAGUUCGUGUAGUGGAACGUUUGAAAAUCAAAAUAGGUGAAGCAAAAAAUUUACCAAGCCGUAGUCAUGGAUCAAUCAAUCAAAGAGAUGUCUAUUGUGCACUUUCAUUAGAUCAAGAGGAAAUCUUCCGGACAGAAACUAUUGAGAAAACAUUAAGUCCAUUUUUUUCUGAGGACUUUCAGUUUGAAGUUCCUCGAAGAUUUCGUUAUCUAUCUGUCUAUAUUUAUGACCGUGACCGCCAUCUGAAACAAGAUAAGGUCAUUGGCAAAGUUGCAGUGAAAAGAGAAGAGCUUCACUCAUAUCAUAGUAAAGACCACUGGUUUCCUAUCUUGCCAGUUGAUGCAGAUAGUGAAGUUCAGGGAAAAGCUCAUAUUGAUGUGAAGUUUGAGGCUGUUGUCAAAGCAAACAGUCAUUUGGAGCAUCAUAAUUCUAGACUCACUGUUAGAUUGAUCGAAUGCAAUGAGUUGACCCUGAAGAAUGGUGCUUGUGACCCGUUUGCUACAGUGACAGUGAAAUAUUCCAAUGGCAAACAAGAAACCAAAAAGGCAAAGGUUAAAAAGAAAACCAGCUCUCCUCAUUUUGAUGAAACAUUCAUCUUCGAGCUACCUUCAGUGAGAGGCCAAAAUCAUGACAGGGAGUGGCAGUAUCGUGUGUCUGAUGCUUGUGCAGAUGUUGAUUGGAGUGAGCUUGUCAUUUCUUUGUGGCAUGACUCUGCUGGCAUGUCAGACAAAAUAUUCCUAGGUGAAGUUCGUAUUUCACUUGGCGGCGUGCAGCAGCAGAACCAUGCUGCAACAAAUGCAUGGUACUUCUUACAACCUCGUUCACUUUCUCACCGACCAACUUCCAAGCAAUUAAACAGCCCGGCAUCUGCUCGUGGACACUCUAAUUCUUUGGGUUCUCUGCGUCUAAACAUCCAGUAUACAGCUGAUCAUGUAUUUUCUAGUCAUGUUUACAAUGGUCUUCGGGAUUUACUUCUGCAGAGUGUUAACGCAGAGCCUGUUACAUCUAGUGCUGCAUAUAUUCUUGGAGCAAUAAUUCCUAGUAAAGAGGAUACAGCACAGCCUUUGGUCAAACUGUUCCUUCAUCAUGGACAGCUUGCACCUACUAUCACAAACCUUGCAAGAUGGGAAAUAUCAAAAGUAACUGAUCCAAAUACAAUAUUCAGAGGUAAUACCCUUGUUUCAAAAAUGAUGGACGAGGCCAUGAAAUUGGUUGGUCUGCAUUACCUGCACAACACUCUUCGACCAACUUUGGAUUUAGUAUUUCAAGAACAUAAACCAUGUGAAAUUGACCCUAGUAGAGUAGAGGAUCCGAGCCAAAUACAGACUAAUCUGCUUAAUUUGAAAGAUUAUGUGGAAAAAAUAUUUACUGCUAUCACAAAUUCAGCCAUCCGGUGUCCAACCUUAAUGUGCCAGCUAUUCCAUAAUUUGAAGGAACUUGCAACCUCAUACUUUCCUGAAAAUAAAGAGGUGCGGUACUCUGUUAUAUCAGGCUUUAUUUUCCUACGCUUCUUUGCGCCUGCUAUACUUGGACCUAAGUUAUUUGACCUCACCACUGAACAGAUUGAUAGCCAAACUAAACGAACCUUGACUUUGAUUUCCAAGACAAUUCAAAGUCUUGGAAAUCUAGUAAGCUCAACAUCUCUUCAAAGAGAGUACAAGAAAGAGUAUAAAGAAGAGUAUAUGGCUUGUGUUUUUGACAGUGUUUACACUGAGAGCCGUGUUCUUGCAGUCAGACAGUUUUUGGAAAUAAUAUCAGCUACUUCUAAUCCAACUCAAAGAAACCUUGAUUCGCCUGUGGUUCUCAAAGAAGGAGUAAUGAUAAAGAGAGCUCAAGGCCGCAAAAGAUUUGGUCGGAAAAAUUUUAAGCAGAGAUAUUUUAGAUUAACUACUCAAGAUCUCACUUAUUCCAAAAAUAAGGGAAAAGAACCACUUUGUUGUAUUCCCCUGAAUCAAAUAUUAGCUGUUGAAAAGCUUCAAGAAGAUUCCUUUAAAAAGAAUUACAUGUUUCAAAUUGUUCAACCAGAGAGAGCCCUCUACAUUCAGGCUAAUAACUGUGUGGAAGAAAAGGAAUGGAUUGACAUACUUACUAAAAUUUGCCAAACAAAUGCCAACCGCCUCAGUAGUUAUCAUCCAAGUGCGUACAUCAAUGGACACUGGCUCUGUUGUAGAGCACAAAGUGAAGCAGCUGCUGGUUGUAGUGAAGUUUCAACAACCGUAGAUGCUACACUUCAAAUGAAUCUUGAUCCAGAUAGAGAGCUUCAACGAAUCCAUUCUCUUGUAAUUUCAAAUAUUGAUCGGUUAGAAAACCUAGUUGUGGCUUCUGGGGAUACUAAUUUACUUUCAAGUUUCAUGAUAGAGGAGAAACACUCUUUCUCCACCACUUUAAAACAAUUACAGGAUACUAUUUUCAGCUUAGAGCAGGAGCAUCGUACAUACCUCCGAUCAGUAGCUAGAGAAACCAAAUAUGGUAGCAAGCAAGCUCCUAUAGGUGAUGACAAUUACUUACUGUUGGCUGCAAGAGUAGGUCGAUUGGACAACAGCCAUAUCAGGCAAACCCAAUCCCUUCCAAUGUGGCCGGUUCAAUGACAUUGGCCUAUGCGGCAGUCUUGUCUGCCCCGCCAAACCUCCAGUGCUUCCCACAAAGGUCCUCAGUUACUGCAAAAAGUCCUCUCUCAACUUAAUAUUUAGUUUUCUAAAUUCUAGCAUAAAACAUCUUAUCAAAUUCAAGCCAUUCACUCUUGCUCAUAUCAUUAUGCAAGUCCUUAUGUCACUGUGGCUAUGAAUCUCAAAGUGCCAAAUAUUGCUAUGUAUGCUAGUGCCAUUUUUUUUUAUUUUUUUUUCAGUUUUCUCUCAUGUUUCAAGUGAGGCACAUUUAGUUGGCUCAAAGCAAGAAAAGAGGCUAUAGAUGUAUUUGAAAAUGGUCUUUGUAUAGAAUCCUAAUGGUCAAUUUUCAUAACUAGGGCUGAUAUAUAAACUGUAACAUAAUCCUAUUUUCUUGACAAUUUCUAUUAUUGUCUGUAGAAUGAACAAAUUGUUAUAUC